AUCCGCAUCACAGCUUGCCACUUCAGACUCCUCUGCGCUCCAUCCCUCUGCACUCCGGUCCGCGCGAGACGAGCAGCUUCUCCCAGACGCUAGACACGCCACCGCAUCGUCUGCGCCGCGAGAUCGAGAAUGUCCAUCUCUAUGCGGCUCGCGAUCCCUGCUCCUGCCGUCACCGCCGCCGCGCCGACGCGGCUGAGGGUGCGAGCGGCAGCGGCGGGGAACCGCGGCUCUCUCUCCGUCGCGCGCGCCGCCGUACGGGCGGAGACGGGCGCGCUCAGGGGAUGCGCCUCGCUGCCAAAGAAGCCGCUGGGAGCGGCCCAGCCGUGCCGGAGCAGAGGGGCCGCCGCCGUGUGUCACUCGUCGGCGCACCUCAGCGCGCGCACCAUCCAGUGGAUCUCCGCCGGAGCCAGCGCAGUGCUAUUAGUUGCUAAAGGCACUGCCAUACACAAAUCUUUCCUUGUGCCAUUUUUUGCUCUUCAGGCACCUUGCAGCAUAAUCUCAUGGAUCAAGGGUGACUAUGGUCAGUGGACUGCUUUUCUUGCUCUGUUGGUGCGUCUAUUCUUCUUCAUUCCAGGUGAACUGGAGCUUCCACUGUCAACAAUGCUGCUUGUGAGUGUUGCUCCUUACCAAUUCAUGGAUCUGAGGGGAACUCAAGGUGGUGCCGUACUGUCACUGGCCAUAGCUGCGUAUCUCGCCUUCCAGCACUUCACUAGGGUGGGCGGCCCAGGCAAAGCCUUCGAGCAGGGAUCCAUUGUUGCGACCUUGGCCAUCAUCUGCAUCAUGAUUGUGCCCUUGAUGCUUCUAUUCUGAUUUGCAUUUAGUUGGAAUGAAUUUGCUUCUCAUUAUGUGCGUAUAGAAGGACAAAUAAAUUUAACCUUGUAAUGCAGCAUCCGAGUUCUCUUUCCCAAAACGUAUGCACUGAUAUAUCCUUCCCUGUUAGUGCUCUUCGGUGGUUAUUGCUCUUCGGUGGUUAUUGAGUUCUCUCAGCAUGUUUAUUCUCUUGUUGGAUCUUGCAUGGACUAUAAUUUGGAAGCCACAAAACCACCUGAGGGCUUGUUUGGAC